AUGAAAAAACAGCUUGAAUCAAAGAAAAAAGCAGGAGCAGCUGCCAAGGAGGGUAAUGUAGGUCUAUCGACGGUCUCAAGAAUGGUGCGUGAUGCCGAAUUGAUAAGGCUAAAGCAAAAAAAGCGUCUGAGGAGGCGGAGAAAGUAUCUGAUGCUGACAGCAUACGGGAAAUCUAUCACUUAUACUUGUCGCUUAAACGUAGAAAAUUUUUGGAAAAUAAUAUCCGCUCUGAUCUUUUUGGAAGCUCUAAUUCCAUGCAUACUUAAGUUCCAUAUAUCUGUGAACUGCGAUGGUGCUGCGCAACGGUUGUUAUCCAUCAGGAAACUAAAUCCUGGUUCGUUCUCCUCCUCAGCAUUCCCUUCCAAUCCAUGUGGAAACGCCCCAUUUCGGCUGUAA